CAGGAUGGAUAAAGCUGUUCAGCAUCCCAGUGAGAUCCUGAAUCACACUAUCUCUAACAUCAGCCUUUCUCAGUUCUUGAACUUUGAUACAUGCCAGCUUUCCUCCCUUGCAGAAUUCUUGCUCAUUACAGCUUACACACUGGUUACACUAGUGGGGCUUGUUGGAAAUCUUUGCUUAAUUACUAUAAUAAAGAGACGGAAAGAAGCUCAAAAUGUCACCAACAUUUUGAUUGCCAACCUCUCUUUAUCAGAUGUCUUGAUCUGUAUCAUGUGCAUUCCUGUCACAGUUGCAUAUACCUUAAUGGACCACUGGAUAUUUGGGGAAGCAAUGUGUAAAAUAGGCUCUUUCAUACAAAGUCUAUCCGUCACAGUCUCCAUUUUCUCACUUGUACUCAUUGCUAUUGAGAGAUAUCAGCUGAUUGUCAACCCACGUGGCUGGAAGCCUAAUAUUUCACAUGCUUAUUGGGGAAUUCUUUGCAUCUGGGGACUUUCCCUCAUCAUAUCCACUCCUUUUUUAGUGUUCCACCAAAUAACAGACGAACCCUUCAAACACCUGUCUUUCUACAGUGAUUUCUACAAGAACAAGGUUGCUUGCAUCGAAGCCUGGCCGUCUCUUACAGAGAGACUGAUUUUCACCACUAGCCUGCUGGUUUUCCAGUACUGCUUCCCACUGGGGUUUAUCUUUAUCUGCUACCUCAGGAUAUUUGUAUAUCUUCGAAGGCAACGUGGUAAAAUAGACAGGUUGAGAGAGAAUGAGAACAGGCUGAGUGAAAACAAAAGGAUCAAUAUGAUGCUGGUAUCAAUUGUUGUGACCUUUGCAGCUUGCUGGCUGCCUCUCAAUAUAUUCAAUGUGGUUUUUGACUGGAACUACGAGGCACUAAUGAGCUGUAAUCAUAACCUGGCAUUUACGAUCUGCCACCUUGUGGCCAUGAUCUCGACGUGCAUCAAUCCCAUCUUUUACGGAUUUCUGAACAGGAACUUUCAGAAGGAUUUGGUAGUAUUAGCUCACCACUGCAGAUGCUCAGCAUCACAAGAGGAAUAUGAAAAUAUCGCCCUUUCAAACCUGCAGACAGAUGCAUCUAAGGGGUCUCUGAAAAUAAAUAAUUCCCAUGUGGAUAUAUAAAACAAUUUAACUGCAGUUUCCAAAAUUCUGUAUUUUGUUGCAGAUGGCCUUUUUCUGCAGGUCUUGGUCAUGUUACUACCAAGUUUAGAGGAAGUCUUUGCCACUUAGUUCAGCAAAACCAGGAUUAUGU